GUCAUGGCUGCACGUCUCGGUGUCCCAUGCACCGAACAGAGCUAUGAAGAUGCUUUCCUGGCCUUUGGCUCGCGUGCGCAUGUUGGCAGCGACUUCGAGGUGGCACGAUUGAAGCAGCAGUACAGCUGCAGCGCCGAUGACCUAAAGGGCGUGCUGCGAUCCUUCGAGAGAUGCAACACGAGCGACUCCGGGGCCAUGGCCUACGACGAGUUUUGUCAGGCCGUGUCUGGUCUUGGCGGCUCUGGGCGCCUGAGCCAAGAGGCGGCUCUCUUCGCUUAUUUCGACCAGGACAAAAGUGGAGCUGUCGAGUACAGAGACUUCAUUCAGGUGGCAGCACUGCUCUCCGGCCGUGGCUCCGAGUCGAGCCGCUUGCAGCUUGCCUUCCUUGUGGCGGACAUGGAGGGCUCUGGCAGUGCAGCUGCCAGCUUUGUAGCGCAGCUGACCGAUGGCGACACCCUGUCGCAGGAUCUGUCUUUUGCAGAGUUCCGGGAUUUGGCUUUCUCGCAGCCGGCUCUUGUGGACACCGCGUUGGAGAUGCUGAGAAGGCACAUGCAGAUUCCGCGCUUCGAAGGGAAAACUGCAGUUGACAAGAAGGAGCAGUGA